GUAACGUGGAAAUGCAUUAAAUUUAACAUAUUCACGUCACAGUAGUCUGUUACUCCUAAAGUGUAUAUAAAAUGCAGUUGCAUCGAUGGAUAGUCAGAUAAUUGCUUGCUUUCGAAUAAGCUAUUGGUGAAAAAUCAACAAUAUUUUGUUACAAUAAGAUAUUUUACCUAGCAUUUAGAUGAUAACGGCCACAUUCCUUGCCCUUGUGGGGGCAACCAUUGUUUCUGCAGGAACGUAUGACUACCUUUGUGACGAAAAGAACUACGAUAACUACGUCACUCUUUACACCCACCCAAAAGAUUGCAGCAAAUAUGUUCAAUGCUGGAAGAAUGCUCUAGGCGCGCUUGAAAGCGACGAGCGACAAUGCGGAUUCGGUACCUACUGGAGUAUGACUGACUUGAGCUGUAUCAAUGUGGAUCAAGCGAAGUGUGGUGAGGAUGCCUGUCUAAGUUUAAUUGACGGCGAGCAAAGAGCGGCGAAAGGCAACUGCCGUGGAUAUUGGCAGUGUAUGGGAAAAAAGUCAGUACCAAUGUGUUGCCCACCAGGACAGCAUUAUAACUCGAUUAACGGCUGCGAGGACAACAUCAAUGAAGAAUGCACCGCCGAUUGUUUAGGACAAUAUGUGGCUCCUAAUGAUACCGAUAGCGGAAACAGCACAACUACUGAGGCUCCCAUCCUUUGUAACAAAGAAGAAGAAGCAAAUAGUCCAUCCAGUUAUAAAUGGAACGUGAAUGGUCAGUCAUAUUUGAUGAAAUGCCCCUCUGGAACAGUCUUUGUCCAGACUAAGUGCACCUGCCUCGGUUCUGAAACUGCUCCGCGUACCUGCGAGCCCGAGCUUCUUUUGAAAUUCACCAAUGGUUUGCUGGAUGAGUCACGAAACCAAAUAGAUGUCCAAAACGUCAGCGUAUUGGUAGAAAACGGAGAGGCAAUUUUCGAUGGAACCACGAGUCAGCUGGUGGUCCCAUUUUACUCCAAUCUUGACAUCAAGAAUACUCUUAUUGUCCGAAUGAAGUACACCUCUGACCAUACAGAAAUCCCAGAUGGCGAACAAAGAGCACUCUUUUCCAACCUUGAUUGCAAUGUCGAUCCAUCAAUACUGAUGACCGAGAACAGCCAAAACGUGGUCGCGUUUGUAGGAACAUGGGUUAAGAACGGGACAGUUGCUGUGCCCCAGACCCCACUUGCUGCGAACGAGAUCGUCUCAGAGAAGGACGUUAUGUACAAGUUCCAAAACAAUACAUUAUCUCUGACAGUGGAUACAACUGAAAAUGACGUUCCAACUUUAGGACAGCUGAAAAAAAUCCAGUGUGCUCUGCACAUCGGAUAUGCUUCCGGUAUGGCAAACUUCAAGGGAAAAAUUGACGAAUUUGCAGUCUAUCAGUGCGACCCACAGGCUUAAAAUAAUAACUUGGAAGCUGUGUUUAAAAUGAUACUUUGAUAAAUUAUUUUGCAUUUUACUCUACUCUUAUUUAUUUUGUUUAGUUCUGAAUAUUUUCGAUUUUUGUUCGCAUAAUACGAUAAGUAAAGAAAGAAAUCCAUUAUAAUAAAUGUGUAUGUAUUGCCAGAGUGUUAUAAGCCAAUAGCGUACGAAAUCAUGUUGACAGCAUGAAUCUUUCUUAAACCGACUUCAUUACAGUAACUUUUAGUAUUAGUAAGUAUUAAAGGCCUAAAAACUUUUUUUUUCUGAUACAUUGAUCAGUUGAUGGAUACUAAUUCUGUUGAAUAAAUGCUUUAUUUGAAUAACUG